CAACUCCUUGCCCUCCCCUCCCAAAUCUGUCUGUCCCCAACCCUAGCCCCCAACUCCACUCCUUCAUCAGCAAGCCAAGAAGCAUGGCGCCGGCGGCCGGUCGCGGCCGAGGACGAGGACGGGCCCGGGGACGAGGCCGCGGCCGUGGGCGUGGCCGAGCGGCCAAGACCCCGCCGCCUCCCGCCGCAGAACCCGCGCCGGAGGAGGCUCCCGACGCCGCCCAGCAGGAGCAGGAGCAGGAGCACGAGCAGGAGCAGGAGCAGGAGCAGCUCACCCACACCCAAGAUGCCGCCGCCUCUGCCUCUGCCUCUGCUUUUGCCGGGCGAGAGACGAUUGAGAUCUCUGACUCGCCAGACGCAUCCCCUCAGCCCUCCUCGCCAGACAUAUCUAGCUCAACCACAGUCCACCAGCACAUCAAGGACGAGGAGCCAAGCUCAAUCACACUGCUCCACAACAAACCCCAUGAGCUGCUGAGUGAGGCCGACAUGCCGUCUGCGUCUGCGUCUGCUACCAAUAAUGAUGAGCAGCAGCAGCAGGAGAAAAUGGAUACCAAUAAUGAUGAGCAGCAGCAGCAGGAGAAAAUGGAGGUGGAGGCUGGAGAGCCUCAUGAUACGCCCGCAGAGGAACAAGAAGAAGAAGCAGUCCCUACACAAGAAGAACAAGAGGCAGCAACAGACGCAGACAAGCAAACGGUACAGAACGAGGCAGCACAGCCACAGGUGAUAAUAGAGCAGGAGGGUGAAAAAGCCGACGAUGAUGAUGAUGUAGCGGUCAAGACUGAUGUUCCUGCACAUACUCCAGGCGCUGACACACAAAAUGAGCAACACACUCACGCUAUUAACCCACUCCACCAGGGACAAAUGCUUGCUGCAACUCAUGAUGAUAAUUCAGAAAAUAAGCACCCAUUCCACCAACAACAAAUGGAUGCUGAGCAGGAAGAGGAGGACCCUGAAGAGGUCAUUUUCGACGACUCUGUCUCUGUUGGUGAAGGGCAGGCCGCAUCUGAGAUCAAACAAGGAGAGGACGAUGACGGGCAGGCUGCAGCUGAGAGCAAACAGGAAGAGCACCGUGCUAGGGCCGCGGAGGCUGCAGCUGAGGUCAAACAGCAAGAGGAUGAGCGCAAGGUUAUGUCAGACAUGGCCAACAACAGGCAGCGCAAAAAGGAGCUAGAGAUCUUUGUGGGAGGGCUGGACCGUGAAGCCGUCGAGGAGGAUAUUAGGAAGGUGUUUGCGCACGUCGGUGAUGUUGUGGAGGUCCGUCUCCACAAGGAUUUAUCCACCAACAAGAACAAGGGCUUUGCUUUCGUCAGGUUUGCAAACAAACACCAGGUGGCUCGGGCGCUUGCUGAGGUGAAGAAUCCUAUGAUACAUGGCAAACGUUGUGGUGUCGCUGCUAGCGAGGACAACGAUACACUCUUCUUGGGCAAUAUUUGCAAUACGUGGACAAAGGAAGCUAUUAAGAAGAGGCUGCUUGACUAUGGGGUAGAAGGAGUUCAAAGCUUAACUCUUGUUCCUGAUACUCAAAACGAAGGCCAGAGCCGUGGUUUUGCAUUUCUCGAGUUUUCUUGCCACGCGGAUGCGAUGCUUGCAUUCAAAAGGCUGCAGCAACCAGAUGCUCUAUUUGGUCAUCCUGAGAGAACUGCAAAAGUUGCUUUUGCAGAGCCAAUAAAAGAAGCAGAUGCACAAGUUAUGGCUCAGGUCAAAUCAGUUUUUAUUGAUGGGCUUCCACCAUACUGGGAUGAAGAGCGUGUUAAAAACCGAUUCAGAGCUUAUGGUUUGAUAGAACGGGUUGUGCUUGCUCGCAAUAUGCCCAGUGCUAAAAGAAACGAUUUUGGAUUUGUCAACUUCUCGACCCAUGAGGAAGCUCUUGCCUGUAUUGAAGCCACCAACAACACCGAACUGGGUGAUGAUGGAAAAGCAAAGCUAAAAGUAAGGGUUAGACUUUCGAACCCUCUACCUAAAAGUCAGGCUGUGAAAGGUGAAAUGAGUGGCGGGUUUCGAAUUGGACAUCCUGGAUCUGGUUUUAACAGGCCUGGUAGAGGUUUUAAUAGGGGAAGAGCUGCCCCUCGCCGGGAAGGUUUCUAUGGUGAUAGGGGUUUCAAUACUCAUACUCCUGGUCGUGGUGGCAGAUUUAAUUCUGCAUACAGUAACAACAGUUUUGAAGCUUCGCCCUCUGAUUUCCGAGCCAGGCAGGCUCCUCCUGCCUUUCGAGGGGGUAGAUGGGAACCUUCCUCAGGAAGGCAGCAUGAUUUCUUUGAUAGAGGGCAUGGGAGAGGAUAUCAUCAUCCACCUAGAGGGCCAACAUUUGAGCCCGAGGGUGAUUUUGGUAGACCCUUUGGUGAAAACCCAUAUCUCUAUGAAGAUGUUCGGCAUGGUGCCAAGAGGCCAUAUUCUCACAUGGAACCCGGUCCUCCUGGAUACUUUGAGCAUGGUCCUCCUCGUGUGCGCCCUCGCUUUGACCAUUACGAGCAGCCGCCAUUUCCUGGAGGGAACCGUUUUGGUCAUUAUGACCAGCCACCAUUUCCUGGAGGGGACCGCCACAGAGACUCUUUUGGAACGAGGGGCGGUUAUUCACGUGAUCACUAUGGCCCUGGUCCUGGUCAUCCCCCGCCCCCUGCCCAUGCCCAUGCCCAUGCCCCGCCCCCUGCCCCAGCUCAAUAUGGUAGGGGUGCAUUCCGACCACACCAUAGAGGCGGCGGGCAUUCUGGAGGCGGUUAUUACCACCACUAGGUGGUAUCACAACAUCAGGUGGUGCCGUGUGACACUAGUGUUUGGUUUGGUAUGACUAGUGAGAAACAUUAUGCCGCUUAUUAGCUACUAGUACUCGCAAGUCAGUUGGUUGUUAGUUAUCUUUCUAAGUACCGUUCGUUGUCACAGACCAAUAAUUAAUUGUCCUUGUUAAAGGACAUGUUUGGGGUCAUGAAUCUGUUGUGAGGAUAUUGGUGGAUGAUGUUAUGUUAUAUGACUAGGAGUAUGACAUGGACCGACCUCUCUGUAUUUGAUUAGAUAACAUUAUGGAUUAUGGAUUUUAGACAGUUGAUGUGGCUUUGCAGAGAAUUACCUGAGAUUGUUGAUGUUGGUCUUGAGGUCAAAUGGGGAUAUGAAAUUGAUAUGAGGCUGUUGUUUAGUAAGAUA